AAAUAUCCAAUGUCUUUACUAUCAGACGCAUUCAUUAGUUGUCGUUGAAAACUAAAACGCACAAAAAAUGAACUUCAAAAUAAUCCUGUUUUUCCUAACGGCCAGCACAUUCGGGAAGAUCAUCAGCUCAAGGAAGAAACACCAUGAUAGUGGCAUUGAAGGUCUUGAGUGGCUUUUUGAUAUUGAAAAUAAUGAACUAGAUGAUGAAAAAUCAACUGUUUGUGAUACCGACGACUGCGAAGCUCUUGCUAAAGAACUUUUGCGGGGAGUAAAUGAAUCAGUAGAUCCAUGUGAAAACUUUUAUGAAUUCGCAUGCGGAUCAUGGAAAAAAAAUCAUCCUAUUCCUCCUUAUACUCCUGUAUGGGGUAGACCUUACAUGUUUCAACAAAUGGUUUAUCAUCGUUUGAAAGCAAUUUUGGAAACGAAACCUGAGCGAAAUGAUAUUUUACCAGUGAGACAGGCCAAAAAAUGGUAUCGCUCUUGUAUGAAUACAGAGGCACUUGAGAAAAGAGGGUUAAAACCGAUAGAAUCAAUUUUGAUGCAAGUUGGAGGCUGGCCGAUGACUAUUGACGCUGAAGAAUGGGAUGAAAGUGAGCAUUCGUGGCAGCGAAUCGAGCAGCAUUAUUUUCAAAUCACUGGCUCUUAUGUAUUUUACAAAUUCGCGCCUCUUUGGUACAGAGAUUCCACGGUCGAGAUGGAGAAAGGCGAUCUUCCACUUCUCAAUAAACUUCCGUUUAAAUUUCAAAAUUAUGAAGGAGAAGAAUAUGAAAAUUACAAGGAUUUCAUUUCGUCCGUAAUCCAAAUGUUUGUUGAACACAACAGCGCAAAUAUUUCCCAUAAAAUGAUUGAGAAAGAUGUCCGCGAUUUGAUCGAGUUUGAAAAACAAUUAGCCAUGAUUCCAAAAUAUGACGACGAACCUGAAAUGACUUUCGAAGAGUUUCAAGAGUGGUAUGACAAAAAAACAGUUGAUAAAGGCAACAAAAUUAAUGUGAAAAAAUUAAUGAAUCAAUUAUUGGAAAUGGUAAAUCAUGACGUAAAAGAAUUUUCUGAUUUAACGGCAGAUAGUAUGGGGUAUUUUGUUCAAUUAAAUGAAUUACUGAAUGAAACUCCUAAGCGAACUAUAGUUAAUUAUAUUCACUGGCAUUUCGUAAGUGAUAUCCUCGCGGCGACGACUGAGAAAAUGCGUGAUAUAUUUUUUACGUUAAUGGAAAACGAGUUUGGAGUCAAAGAACGAGAACCACGGUGGAUCGAAUGUACGAAAGAGAUGAAAAUGGUCAAAGCAACUGCAUACGCAUUUGCUGAAAAAUAUUUUUCCAAAGAAGUUGACACUAACGUUAGAACUAUGGUCGGCCAUAUAAGCGAUGAAAUGAAAUUGCAGAUUGAAAAAUCAAAUUGGCUAGAUGACGCGACUAAAAAAAUAGCAACGGACAAGCUAGAAAAGAUGGGACUAUUUGUAGGCACGCCUGACUGGUAUAAAAACAGUACCCACGUUCUCAAUUCCUACAAAGGGCUGGUUAUCGGUGUCGACCAUUUUGAUAACGUACUGAGUUACAAAAAAUAUGAAAUCAGAGAAAAAUUACGCAAGUCACUGGCGAAUGAAAUACCUAUCGAAGAUGAAGAAGUCGAUCCGCUUGUAGUUAAUGCAUACUAUGAUCCUUAUGCUAAUCUCAUGGUUCUUCCUGCUGCCGAUUUGCAGCCUCCAUUCUUUACUGUGAAUCUUCCCCAUAACGUCAACUACGGAAUGAUUGGGGCCGUGAUCGGGCAUGAAAUAGGACACGCCUAUGACGUUGACGGGUUGAAAAUAGGGCUAGAGGAAGACAACUUUACAAUAUCUGAGCAAAUGAUGGACAUGUAUUACAAACGCGCGGAAUGUUUCAUUGAUCAAUUUAAUAACUACCUUGGGGCCACAGAGCCUGAAUACGACGGAACUACACCAGGAUAUGGAAAAGGGAGUCCAGGACGUAAGACUCAAGGAGAAAAUAUGGCAGAUACCACAGGGUUGCAAGCAGUUUACAAGGCCUGGAAGAGAUUGAUAGAGAACGACGGCUCUGAUAGAACACUACCUGGUUUUGAAAAGUAUUCUAACGACCAGAUGUUCUUCAUCGGAUUUGGAUCCUUAUGGUGCACAGCAUCUACGGACCAGUAUGCGAAAGAACUAAAGGAACGAGAUGAACACAGUCCGAUGGAUUUAAGAGUACUUGGCGCAGUUUCAAAUAGCGAUGAAUUUGCUCGUGCUUUCAAUUGCCCGAAAGACAGCCCGAUGAAUCCCGAUAAUAAAUGCAAUAUUUGGAAAAGUAUUGAGGAACAUACUGCGUCCAAAAAAGUCAAUCGCGGUCGCAAGCACAAAAAACAUCAUCCCUGGGUUCUUAAUUGGUGAAAAUAUUAUCAACAAUUUAAUUUUUGAUUUAUGAAUAUGUUGAAUUAUGAUUUUAAAAUACAAAUUUAAAAAUAUGAC